GCUGUAACCCGGUAUCCAGAACCUUCUCCGUAGGGGCCUUACCUGGGACUACAACUCCCAGGAUGCAGCAGGCGGAGAAGCUGGCCAAUCAGGGGGCGUGGCUUCGCCUUCACUGUCGGCUCACUGCUCCUGUCAGAACCUCGGUGACGGUUGGCCCGUUCUUUUACAGUGGCUCUGAAAUGAGCGAAACUGGAGAAAUUUUCCCUGCUCAGGAAAAGGUAGAGGCAAGGAUUGACUUAAAGAUGGGUAAGAAGAGUGUUACUGAUCAUAAGCUAAAUGUGGACAAAGUAAUUAAAAAUAUUAAUGCAAUUUCUUUGGAGUUGAAGAAGAUAAAAGAUUUGCAUCACAUGCUGAUGCUUACAGCAGCCACGGCUAAGGGGCCUGGGACUGCCAAGAACAGUUUGGACCAGUCAGAACUGACUACAGGAGCUGGGGAAAGGAACACCUCAAACAAAAUCAAGCUGUGACACCAAGAAGAAGAGGGGGUGGCCGUUAGUUAGGCACCAAAUAAGCUCUCCCAGUUAUUGCUUUGUGACCUUAUCCUACAUUUUAAUCAUCCUGUCAAGACUGAGAACUUAACAGAAGCAGAAAGAAACAACCCUUUCUUUGAAGAGUCUAAAAUAUCAGAUGUAUCCCUUGUUUCUAAC